AAUGGGGAGGCGUGGGGGGUAGGUGGAAACAUUAGGUUAGGAGAGCCAGAUUUUGGCUGCUUCCUCCUCCUCCACCUCCACCUCCACCCCCCGGGGAUUCGCUCUGUUCUGCCCGCCCUGCAGAGCCUCUGCUUGGGCAACCUUGCAACCUCUGCUCGUUCCAGCACUCAACAAGGCUGAGCCCGUCCGGCUAUUUCCAGGGCUUUGUUCGGAUGAGAUUUGUAAAUGGAUAAAAUAGUUAACUGUCUGCAUCGAAGACCUGAAGCUCUUUUCAGACUCAUCUGCUUUCCCUGGGCUGGAGGUGGAUCUAUUCAUUAUGCUCAGUGGGGAAAACACUUUACCAGUUUGAUAGAAGUUUACUCUAUACGCCUUCCUGGAAGAGAAACCCGUUCUAAGGAGCCUAUUACACAAAGCGUUGAGCAGCUUAUUGAAGAAAUUUCCAGCGUCUUGUUGCCCUGCCUUAAAGAGAAGCCUUUUGCAUUUUUUGGUCACAGUUUUGGAGCAUACCUCAGUUUUGCUACAGCAGCAUUGAUACAGAAAAAUCAUGGUUUGGAACCUGUACACCUUUUUGUAUCUGGUGCUUCAGCACCACAUCAGUCUCCAGCUCGUUAUCCCAUUCAUAAGAAGUCAGAUCUCCCAGACGAUGAAUUUCUGAAAUGGAUGACGUCUAUUGGUGGUACCCCAUCUGAAAUUCUUGCCAAUAAAGCCAUUCUGCAAAUGUUUGUCCCUGUGUUAAAAGCAGAUCUUAGGCUUGUGGAAUCAAUUAGAUAUGAAAAACCCCUGGACAAGCUCUUCACGUGUUCCAUCAGUAGCUUCGAUGGGAAAGAUGAUGUACCACAUGACCUUGAAGCCUGGAGUGAUUUAACAAGUGGCGAAUUUACCAUCCAUAAGCUUCCUGGAGCUCAUUUUUACCUCAAAGAACCAGAUAAUGAGAAGUUUUUAAUAGCUUAUAUUACAAAGCAUUUAGAGACUGCUGAAGUACACUACCUUUAAAGACCAGAAACCUUUAUGAAUUGAAUAAAUUCUGAAUGCUCACCCUA